UUGGUUCGCUGUCAAGGCUUUUAUUUUGAAAGCAGCGACCGGAAAUAGCGCUAGCUUGUGUCGCCUGGCAGUGUUAAGCAGGUCAAUAUUAACACCGGUUCAAUUCUUCUCCUCUUGCUCCUUGCUCUUGUCACACUACAAGCUGGGAGGAUAUAUUGUCUCGCGAACGUUAGCUGGCGGAUUGAAUGGAAGAAAGCGAGAUAAGGAGCCGAGCCGAUCCGGGCCAGUCCAUGCCAGGUCGACACACGAGAGACAGCAGCACCCAGACUGACAGCAGGCUCCAAGGUCAUGGCCCCAGGCUAUCAAAGGUAAACCUGUUUACAUUGUUGAGCUUGUGGAUGGAGCUGUUCCCACAGGAGCAACCUGAAGACGAUGGCCACAAUGAGAUCCGCGGGAUGGGUCUGGUGGUGGUGCGGGACAGUAAGGUGGUGGGACUCCACUGUUCAGGACCCGAGCUCCACGCAGGACAGGCAGCCAUCAUCCAGCAUGGCGCCGGCCUGGCUGACUGUCAGCUGUACUUCUCCAGGAGACCCUGCGCCACCUGCCUGAAGAUGAUCAUCAACGCCGGAGUCAGUCAGAUCUCCUUCUGGCCCGGAGACCCUGAGGUCAGCAUGCUGAGGUCCGCCUCUGCAAACCAUUCAAACUCCCACUCCCGCAGUCCACCGGACGGCAUCACGGAGGACGCGGCGCUGGACGCCGUGGCUACAGAGAAGCUGAAAUCCAACAGCCGUCCCCACAUCUGCGUGCUGCUGCAGCCGCUGGCUCCCGGCCUGGCGCAGUUUGUUGACGAGACAUCCAGAGAGUGUGAUUUUAUGGAGAGGGUGACAGAUGAUGAACCAGGGCUGAACAAAGAGGAGCUCUUCAACAGAGAGCGAGUGAGACACCUGAAGGAUUUCUCCAGACACCUCCUAGUCAGGACGUCCCAGCUGCACAGAGAGAUUUUGACCCACAUGGGUCUGGAGAACUUCUGCGUGGAGCCGUACUUCUCCAACCUGAGGAACAACAUGAGGGAGCUGGUGGAGGUUCUGGCUGCGGUGGCCGCCGGCGUGCCGCAGCAACACUACGGCUUCUACAGGGAGCAGCAUUCGACCCCUGAGCCAUCACCGGCCACCACCAAGACCUCGCUGCCUCCACGUCACGAGGGACUAUCCCAAGAAGUGGUUCGCCAUUGCAUCAUCCAGGCCAGGCUGCUGGCUUAUAGAACAGAGGACCCCAAAGUGGGUGUGGGUGCUGUCAUCUGGGCCAAAGGACCUUCGGCUGGCAGUGAUGGAACCGGGUGUCUGUACCUGGUGGGUUGCGGGUACAAUGCCUACCCAGCGGGCUCCCAGUACGCAGAAUAUCCACAGAUGGACAACAAACAGGAGGACAGACAGAGACGCAAAUACAGAUACAUCAUUCACGCAGAGCAGAACGCCCUCACCUUCAGGAGUCGACACAUCAAACCGGAUGAGCCCACCAUGCUGUUUGUCACUAAGUGUCCAUGUGACGAGUGCAUCCCUCUGAUCAGAGGAGCCGGCAUCACACACAUCUACACCACAGACCAGGACAGGGACAAGGACAAGGGAGACAUCUCCUACCUGAGGUUCAGCAGCCUGAAGAACAUCAGCAAGUUCAUCUGGCAGAGGAGUCCUUCAGGUUGCUCAGCAUCCUCUCCUCACCGAGCCAAUGGUUGUGUGGGGAAGCACAGCAGGCAGGCUGAGCAGGAGAGCCACAGCACGAAGAAGCUGUGCACCAACAGAUCCCACGACUCGCCUACAGUCAGCUGAACAUCAGCUGCGGACUGAUGGACCUACACGUAAAUGGAC